GAUACAGUUCACUACUCAACAAUGUCAUUAGAUGUAAAUAUAAGUGAACCAGAUGAAUUUAAUUGUACAGAACUGCACAGUUGUAUAGAAAAUGUAGCUAAAAUAAACAACAUAAAAGAUUUCACAUAUCAUGUUGAAUUCGCGUGUGGUAAAGGUGAAAAUUUCGUUGCAAACGUAUUUAGAGUCGAAAUAACUGACACUGAAGAUUGUGGUAAAGUUAGUGUGAUUGUUAAAACAUUAGUGAAUACAACACGUCAGGAGUUAUUUAGAGAACUACAUAAAAGAGAAGUAAAAGCGUAUGAAGAAGUAUUAUCCAGAUAUCAAAUGAUACAAGAGAAAUUAGAUAUAUCUGACAGAAUCGUAAUACCUAAAUGCAUACUAUCUGAUAUGAAGAGAGGAAAUGAGGUACUAAUAUUAGAAGAUUUAGUUUCCAAAGGUUAUGAAUAUGAUACUAAAAUUAAUAAACUACAGAAUUUAGAAUACGAACAAGUAUGUUUAGUUUUGGAUAAUUUAGCGAAAUUUCACGCACUAUCAGUUGUAUUUGAAAUGAACAAUGUUGAUCAUUUCACGAAACUAAAAAACGAAUUUAAAGAUAUUCUUUUUCAAGAUACAUUUCUAGAUAAAAGUAAACUAAGAAAUUAUUAUACUAAUUGCUAUGAAGAUUCUGUUAAAUUGUUAGAUGAUUUGGACGCAAGAACGAAAUUACAAAAUGUAGAAACGAAAUUAAUGGAUCUAUUAAGAUAUUACACUUCUUCACGAACAUUUAACGUGCUCUGUCAUGGAGAUUGUUGGGUGAAUAAUUUCUUGUUCAAACAAAAGGAAAACAUCACAACGGAUCUAUGUUUUUUGGACUUCCAAGCGAUGCGAUAUUCAAACCCAGCAACAGAUAUUGUUUAUUUCCUUUAUUUGUCAACUGAUUCUACAUUCAGAGCCCAACAUAUGAAAGAUAUUUUAUCAGUUUAUUAUGAGAGUUUUACCUCAUUCUUGAAACUAUACGAUAUUGAUUCUAGUUUAAUUUAUACUAAGGAUUCAUUUGAAGAUGAUGUACAAGAAAUGUUACCUUUUGGAUUGCUCAUAACUCUAAUAGAGUUAAGAAUAGUAACAACGACGUUUGAAAGAGAAAUAAGCGAAUCCAAAUUAGACCUUUACCAAUGCACUUCUAAUGAAGGUAAGGAAGAAAUCUUGUUAAAAGUGAGAGUCGACGAUGUGGUUAAGGAGUCACUACAAAAUGGCAUUUUAGAUAAAUUGUGUGAAAUGAAAUUUCUCAAUUAAAGAUAUUGACCAGAGCGGUUUAACGUGAUGUAUAAAUAAUACUGUAAAUUA